CAUUUACUGGCCAGGAACAGUGAGAGGCAGCAUUUCUCCUGCUGGCUUCGCUGUGAUAUUCCUCCCAGAUUUUGGUGGAGUCAUUUUGAGAAAAGCCAAAUAAGAGGGGAAGAGUGAGGAGAGGAGACGGAGAAGACGCAGAUUUGCUUGUUUAUGCUGCUGCAUCCAUACUGGGGCUGCUGGAGGAGGAGGGAGGGGGUGAAUGUUGUGAAUGACUGAGGCAGCAGAGCAGCUGAGUGAGACUAACAAGUGGUUGCCAUGCAGCAGGAGCAAGCGUGCGUGCUUCUGGAGGGGGAGAUAGAGAAACAGAAUGAUAAUGAGCAGGAGGCAGCAAGUAAAGGAGCAUGAGGACAGGAGCUGGAUCUCUCAGAAGAGACACAUAUAACAGCUUGAUCCAGUCUCUCCUCCCCUGCCUCUCUUUUUCUCUCUACCUCCAGCUUUUUUCUCUCUUUUUUUUUUUUUUGCUUAGAUGGGCAGUUAGCCUAGCACACCCAGUAUGCCAGCAAUGGAUGGAUUAAUGGAUAUAUGUCUGAGGGCACCGAGAAGGGGGAGUUGUUCACGAGAAACAGCAGCAACAGGUCUGUAAGGAUGGCACGAUAAUGAUGGUAACAUGCAGGCUUCUAAACGCCUGACCCUAUCAGAGGAGAGAUGAGGCACCUAGAUGUUGGUUUACCAUGAGUAGCGUCCACUACAACCACUCCCUUGCUGCCAUGAGCGGAAACGACAUGAUGGCGCACUCUCUGACUCUGGAGCAGAAGACAGCAUUUGCUUUUGUGGGGAUGCUACUGGUGUUCUUGGGGCUGCUGAUAGUGAGGUGUUUCAGGAUCCUGCUGGACCCUUACAGCAGCAUGCCCUCCUCCAACUGGGCCGAUGGCAUAGAGGGGCUGGAGAAAGGGACGUUUGAGUACGCCCUGACUUAACACAGGGACAUACACAUCCACGGAUGUCCUCACAAACAGAAAUGUCUAUAGAAAAACGUACACAAAUACACUUGCAAACACACACGCAUACAUAAGCCACAGCUUUGCACAACCACUGCACCUGACACACCAUUAAGACAUCUCUCUAUGACGCACCAAACUAAGACACUGAAGCUGUGUAUGUUGUUCAAUGUGUGUGCAUUGUUAGUUCAGAGUCAGAGUCUCUCUACUGUCUGUGACUACAUGUUUGUUGUGUGUGUGUGUGUGUGUGUGUGCGUGCGUGUGACUGAGUGUGAGGCAGAUGCUGUGUCAUAUUCUCUGCCCUUCUGCCAGGGGGUGUGUAUUUCAGCUCAUUGAUUUACACAGAACUUGGCUGAAGCUCCCUUUAACCCAUGCCUACAAGUUGAAUGUCUGUAGAUGCAAAGAGGUGGAAAGAGGUGAGCGUUGGUGGAACAGGGUGGGAAAUUUAGGGUGCAGUCGGACUGUUCAGAUAUAGUUUGAAGACUCAGGGACAAGAAUCCUCAUGUGAACUCAGAGUGGGAUACAGAGUGGUUGCACCUCUGCAAAGCAGAACUGUUCUGCACAAGAAUGUAUACGGGUGGAUACAGGGUAUUAUGUCAAACUAGUGCUUUGUGGACAAAUCAAAUCCAAUCUGUUGGUGAUCCAAAGGGGAGCUGCUGCUGCUGCUGCUGCUGCUGCUGCUGCUGCUGUGUACAGAUUGGUCCUUUCUGUGGUGUCUUGUUUUCAGAGGUCAUGAAAUGAAAGGCAACUGAACAAACUGUGAUUUAAAUUAUGGUGUUACUGUUUCUAAAUGAUGCAAAAUCAACUCUCAGAGUUUGUACUGCUGCUGUUAUCAAGUGACGGGAAACAGUAUGUUGCCACAAUCACAUGUCUGAGUGAAAGAAAAAAAACACAACUGUUUACUUUUGACAGUAUGUCUGCAAAGACAUAUGAUAAUGUUGCUUUAUGAAUUGUCAACUGUUCCCACGGACAAGCUUUCUGUCUGAAGGUUGGCUGAUGAGAUCAAGCCAAAGAACUUUUAAGGGGAAUGAGGAUUGAGGACUAGGAAGGACUCUCUCACUCUCAGCGCUGCUAGUUUUCUAACGACAAGGAGAAACUCUCACUACCUGUCUGCAAAGGAAAAGGUCACAUGGAAAACAGGGGUGCGAUGUGUGCCAGCACUGCACGUGAACAUCUUUUUCCUCUAUCCUCAGCCAUCCUCAACCUUUCUCACCUGCUCUCUUCCUACCAGACAGAGGAAGACAGGACAGUCCUUAACACAGACUCUGUAAUACGGCAGACUGCUCAAAGUCUGGAGUGUUCCUUUGCUAAUUUUUAACGGUCUACGGUUUCUCCUUAGUGCUGUGAAUCUGCCUUACUGUGACCUUCAAUGGGUUUAUGUGCCUUCAUCUAGAAACAUUAGAGCACCUGUGUGUGUGUGUGUGUGUGUGUGUGUGUGUGUGUGUGUGUGUGUGUGUGUGUGUGUGUGCGUGCGUGUGUGCGUGUCAUAUCAUGAUGACAGACCUGUUGCUUGCUCAGCCGGUGGUAGAGAUUUCGCCUUGAUUUCAUUUGAUUCAAUGAUGUGAAAUAAAUAGAAUUUCUUCACUUUAAAA